UUUUCCACUUUUUAUUCUUCUUUCAAAACUUAGCCAUUUUUUUUUCUAAUUAUCGUUCUUCAUUUUCUUGUGUGUUCUUGUUAAUGGCUCAUAUAGUUCCUCUGGCCACUACUCUUGGCCUCACUCGCCCUGGGCCAAGCAAUGCCCCCAAGAUAAAAUUUGAUGCAAAACACCUGGAUGAGUUGGAAUGGAAUGGAGACCUACUAGCUGUGGGCGUGACACAGGAAGAUGUGGCCAAGGAUGAAAACUCCAUCUUCGAGAAUCCACUUUUGUACAGGUUGGAUGCAAGGUUGAAUGGGCUGCUGGCUGAAGCUUGUGCAGAGGAAGAUUUCUCUGGAAAAUCUGGCCAAUCUCUUGUUCUAAGAGUUUCUGGUCUUGCCUCUAAGAGGGUUGGUUUAUUUGGCCUUGGACAGUCAGCUUCUACUGUUGCAGCCAUUCAAGGUCUAGGUGAGGCCAUUGCAGCAGCAGCAAAGGCAUCUCGAGCAAGUUCAGUUGCUGUAUCUCUUGCCUUUUCCGAGAGCCUUGUGCCCGAGUCGAAGCCUAACGUUGCCUCGGCCAUUGCAAUUGGGAUUGUACUUGGAGUAUUUGACGACAACAGAUACAGAUCAGAGCCCAAAAGGACUGUACUUCAAUCUGCGGAUAUUCUUGGUCUUGGAUUUGGACCUGUACUGGACAAAAAGCUGAAAUAUGCACAAAGUGUCAGUUCUGCGAUAGUUUUUGGAAGAGAACUUGUAAAUUCACCUGCAAAUAUACUUACCCCAGGGGAAUUGGCACUAGAGGCUUUAAAGAUUACCUCAGUGCACAGCGAUGUUCUUUCUGCAAACAUUUACAAUGAAGGGGAAAUCAUAGAAUUGAAGAUGGGGUCCUAUCUUGGCAUUGCUGCAGCAGCCACCGCAAAUCCUCCCCACUUUAUUCACUUGAUUUACAAACCUCCUGGUAGGCCUGCGGCAAUCAAAUUGGGUUUAGUUGGUAAAGGAAUAACCUUUGACAGUGGUGGCUACAACCUUAAAACAGGAGCCAACAGUAACAUUGAAAAUAUGAAAAAUGAUAUGGGAGGUGCAGCAGCACUUCUUGGAGCAGCAAAAGCCAUUGGUGAAAUUAAGCCUCUUGAUGUAGAGAUUCAUUUUGUUGUUGCUGCCUGUGAGAACAUGAUAAGUGCAACUGGCAUGAGACCUGGGGAUAUUGUCACAGCUUCAAAUGGAAAGACAAUUGAGGUUAACAACACUGAUGCUGAAGGCAGACUUUGUCUUGCUGAUGCUUUGAUAUACACUUGUAAUCAGGGCGUUGACAAGAUUAUUGACCUGGCUACUCUAACUGGUGCUUGUAUAACUGCUCUUGGGCCUUCAGUUGCAGGUGCCUUUACACCCAAUGAAGACCUAGCAAAAGAGGUAUUUGCUGCAGCAGAGAGCAGUGGUGAGAAAAUAUGGAGGCUGCCAUUGGAGGAAAGUUAUUGGGAAUCAAUGAAGUCAGGGGUGGCUGAUAUGAUCAACACAGGUCCUGGUCAAGGUGGUGCUAUUACAGCUGCUCUGUUUUUGAAACAGUUUGUUGAUGAGAAGGUCCAAUGGAUGCACCUUGACAUUGCUGGUCCAGUCUGGAACAGCAAGAAGAGUGUUGCAACAGGAUUCGGCAUCUCGACACUAGUGGAGUGGGUUCUGAAGAAUGCUGCUUAAGCAUUCGAAACUCGAAGAGGAGGCAGACCUCGACGUUAUUGACAGCUUUAAGGUGGAUGCCAAGAGUUUUCAAGGGUUGUCAGCAUUGUGAGAUCAAUCUGAAUAAAAAUUGUGUCAAGUAUAUGUAGUUUCAAUAAAAGACUCCUGUAAAAGAUUCUUGGCAAUUAUUAAGAGCUCUCAACUUUCUUUCA